AUAUUUGUUAAAUGAGUUUCUUCUUUGUUGCUCCAGGCAAGCCAGUGGGUGAUACGCUGUUGUUCUUUGGCUGUCGACAUAAAGCCGAAGAUUAUAUAUAUCAAGAAGAAAUUGAACAGUAUCAUAAUGAAGGGACCAUCUCACAUCUUUUUGUCGCUUUCUCAAGAGAUCAGGUUUAAUGCACUUGCAUCUUAUUGAAGUUUGAUUUUACAUUCAGAUUAAAUUGGAUUAGAUUUGAAUCGCAACACAUGUUUACGCUGUUGCGAUGAAAUGCACAUUUUCAAAUAACUCACAUGCCUAGUUACCACUGUUCUCAUGAUGUAAGCAUAGAAUGGAACAAAGGUAACCAAGCAUUUAAAUUAUACGGGGUGUAUAAAAAAAAACGCAACCUCGGAAUUUCCUAAGAAAUCACUUUGCAAUUCUUAAGCAUAAAAGAUUUUAAGCCCCUGGGAAUUGAAAUCGAAUUGCUAAUAGAUCUUAUUACUGUUGUUGUGCAUUAAACAAAUGCAUAAAUUUUGCUUUAUGCACUCGAUUGUGCAAUAAUUUUGACAUUUUAAAUUCCCAGGCACCUAAAAUCUUUUGUCUUUAAAACCAUGUCGAUUUCUUGGGAAAUUCCGAGGUUGCGUUUUUUUUAUACACCCUGUAUAUGUGAGUGAAUUGGGUGGGAUAACUCGCAUGCCUAGUUACCACUGUUCUGAUAAUGUAAGCAUAGAAUGGAACAGAACUUAACAAACUAAGCAUUUAAUCCUUUCAUUUUGUCUAGCCUGAGAAACGUUAUGUUCAGCAUUUAAUAUUAGAAAACGGAGAGGUUGUCUGGAACGCUUUAAAUAAUCAGGGUCAUGUUUAUGUUUGCGGGUAAGUAAACUUAUCUGGAUAGCACAAUCAGUUCUAAACUGUUCUUCCUAGAGGUCCAGUAAGGAUCAUCUCUUACUGAUCUAGUGUUACUACAGGAAGAAACCUAAAUUAAACUAACUUUAUUUAUACUGGUUAGCUCUAUCAGUUCUAAACUGUUCUUCCUAGAGGUCCAGUAAGGAUCAUCUCUUACUGAUCUAGUGUUACUACAGGAAGAAACCUAAAUUAAAUUAACUUUAUUUAUACUGGAUUGCUCUAUCAGUUCUAAACUGUUCUUCCUAGAGGUCCAGUAAGGAUCAUCUCUUGCUGAUCUAGUGUUACUACAGGAGGAAACCUAAAUUAAAUUAACUUUAUUUAUACUGGAUAGCUCUAUCAGUUCUAAACUGUUCUUCCUAUAGAGGUCCAGUAAGGAUCAUCUCUUGCUGAUCUAGUGUUACUACAGGAGGAAACCUAAAUUAAAUUAACUUUAUUUAUACUGGAUUGCUCUAUCAGUUCUAAACUGUUCUUCCUAGAGGUCCAGUAAGGAUCAUCUCUUAUUUAUCCAGUGUUACUACAGGAGGAAACCUAAACUAAACUAACUUUAUUUAUACUGGUUAGCUCUAUCAGUUCUGAACUGUUCUCUCUAGAGGUCCAGUAAGGAUCAUCUCUUAUUUAUCCAGUGUUACUACAGAAGGAAACCUAAAUUAAACUAACUUUAUUUAUACUGGAUAGCUCUAUCAGUUCUAAACUGUUCUCUCUAGAGGUCCAGUAAGGAUCAUCUCUUAUUUAUCCAGUGUUACUACAGGAGGAAACCUAAAACUAACUUUAUUUAUACUGGAUAGCUAUAUCAGUUCUAAACUGUUCUCUCUAGAGGUCCAGUAAGGAUCAUCUCUUAUUUAUCCAGUGCUACUACAGGAGGAAACCUAAAAUAAACUAACUUUAUUUAUACUGGAUAGCUCUAUCAGUUCUAAACUGUUCUACCUAGAGGUCCAGUAAGAGUAAUCUCUUAUUGAUCCAGUGUUACAACAGGAGGAAACCUAAACUAAACUAACUUCAUUUAUACUGGAUAGCUCCAUCAGGUCUAAACUGUUCUCCCUAGAAGUCCAGUAAAGAUUAUCUCUUAUUAAUCCAGUAUAAGAGGAAACUUAAACUAAACUAACUUUAUUUAUAAUGGGCAGUUCUAUCAAGUUUUGGACUAUUUCUAGUAGUCGUCCGUUAUUGCUUUAGUGUUAGUACAGUCACUUAGGCCCGUUAAUUACUAACCUGAAGUUCAGGCCCUAAUCACAGAAUAGGGCCUGACACAAAACCUAUCUAAAGCCUGCAGCACACGAGAGCUAUCUGCUGAGCCAAAAGUUACUCGUGCCUGUUAGCUCAGCCGAUAGCUCACCGAUAAAACAUGUUUGAUACGUGAUAAAAGGUUGCAUGAGGCAAAAAACUCAGUAAAAUGUACCCGCACACGGUGAGCUAUCGGGUGAGCUAUCGGGUGAGCUAACAGGCACGAGUAACUUUUUGCUCAGCAGAUAGCUCUCGUGUGCGGCAGGCUUAAAGUGUGAGAUUCCCGUCCACCUGGUGGACGGGAAAUCUGAUUGGUUGAUCAGCAUCAUGAAGGAUUUUGAUUGGUUGCAAGUUUACAUAAACAACAGUUUUAAAAAUAGCUCGGUCAAGGCGACAAUUAAUAUAAAGGUCAAACGCACGUACAAAUUCCAUUAUCGAUUUCUUCGAAUUUCUUUUUCUUUUAUGAUUUAUGGCAGAAUAAAUCAAACAAACAAUAUUUUGAAAGGGCUUUAUCAAAAUCUUGGACGAAUUUUGGACACACGACGCCGAAAGAACAGCCAAACUAAGUCAUGUAUUCGAAAGCUUGUUGUUGACAGCCAAGAUGUUAUGCCAACUGGCUUCGCCGGCAAAAGUCUUAUUUUUAAUAUCAGGUCCUACCGGCGUUGUUUUCUGAGCUACAUCGCCUUCUUCGUGGUACGAUUGAGAAUUUCAUUGUUGCUGUUGUUAGCCCGUUUUAAUAAAGUAUAUCCCUAAUAUCCGCGUCCAGCAAGUUGAGACCUUGAGAAAGCUUGGCAGUCUAGCCGUCUGAAUCUUAUUUAUAUAAAAGUACCUUGAAUUUUUAAGUUUAAUUAUAAAGCAAAAUGCACACUCUGCGGACAUGUUCAUGAGAAUAUAAUUUUUUUGUGUAACGAAUAUAAUUUUUUUGUAUAACACUUGUCAAUCAUAUUGCAUGUUGUGUCUAAAAAUAACAUGUGGGCGUCCCACGGUCUAGACAGGUUUUGUGUCAGGCCCUAUUUCAAAUUAGGGCCUGAACAUCAGGUUAGUUAAUUACUUGACAUUAUUCCCGAGUAAAAGGGAAAUAUAUUUUACUGGUAUGCACUAAGCAAAGUUGUUUUCUAGGGACGCUCGACACAUGGCGAAAGACGUUCACGAUGCCUUGGUUCAUGUCGUCCACAAACACGGAGAGAAGAGCGAGAAUGAUGCCGAAGAAUUUAUUAAGAACC